AUGGCCGACGCGGAGCCUGUUAUGAGUGGCGCGAAGGAAAGUGUCGUGGCGGCUAAGGUCCUACCCAUUGCGGGAGAUGCUACAGUAGCAUCAACAGCAACGACAGCAACGACAGCAGCGACAGAGACGACUGGUGCCGAGACGGGGGAGGAGGAUGAAACAGCGACUGUCAGCGGUGUUGCAGGCGAGGGCGUGGCUGCGACGGAAAACAAAGACAAACAGAAGGAGACAGCCGAGCCCGAGGCGUCUUCCUCUGCAGUCGCUGCGACCACGGACGGACUUGUGCAGCCGGCGGUGGCGGCAGUAACACGGAAUCGUGGAGAUUCAUUGUCGAUCGGGGCUCCGGAUGAUGGAACAAUCUCAGGAGCGGCGGUGGACGACACUGUGGUGUGCAACAUCACGCUGUUGCUGCCAACGGGUGCGAGACAUCCUUACCGCAUCGAUGAGAAGUACCUGGCCAAGCGAAACGUCGACGUUCCUGGUGUGACGGAGUCUGGGAAGAAGGACCCGUUCAGUGUAUCUGUCUACAAGCUGAAAGAACUGAUUCUUCGCGAAUGGCGUGAUGAGUGGGAGGGCAAGCCAGCUAGCCCCAGCAGCAUCCGCUUGAUCCACUUUGGCAAGCUUCUCGACGACAAGGAGCAGCUGACGACAUACCACUUUAGUGCAGAGGCGCCCAACGUCGUCCACAUGUCGGUCAAGCCGGCCGAGCUGGUGGACGAUGACGAGACCACGAAGAACAAUACCAACGGCAGGGUAUUGCGCAGCCGGGAAGGCGGUGCUGGCUGCUGUGUGAUUUUAUAG